AUGGCGGAAGUCGAUGUAAUCAUCGCCGGUGCCGGUGCCGCUGGCUUGAAUGCUGCCUCAAUCCUGCACAAGGCUGGCAAGAAGGUGGUGGUGCUGGAAUCUCGCGACCGGGUCGGUGGCCGAGUUUACAGCGAAGAACUGCCUUCAGGCACUCACGUGGAACUGGGUGCGCAGUGGCAGGCAGAAAAGGGCCAUGAUCGCUUGGAGAAGCUGUUGAACACUUAUGGAUACAGGAAGCUUCAACACUACAAGGCAGGAAAAGGAGUGGUGUGGAGGGAUGGGACAAAACAGCUUCACUCUUCAGGCAGUUAUGGCAUUGGAUUCUUCUCUGGCCUUGACUCUCUGGUGAGAAUGUGGAGGAUGAGCAGAAUCAUCAACAGUAUCUCACUGAGCGGGUUCAAGCAGGACAUGGACACGUAUGACAAUACCAGCGUGGCUUACUAUGUGGAGAAGAAAUCAUGGACGAGUGGUGCCAUCACUCUGUUGUCCUCGUUCUUGAAGGGCGGCUUUUGCCGCGACCCGAGGGACAUCUCACUUUAUGCUGCUGCACACACGGUGAAGACAUGCGGAUCAUUUGAGCAGCAGGGGAAGGCCGACACAUUCUUUUUUGAUCAAGGACUUCAGAACAUCUUCGUGAACAUGUCAGAAGAGUUUCGGUCUGAUGUGCAGCUCAACACGCGCGUGGUGGAAGUGGACACCACGGGAGACAAGGUGGUGGUGACCACCAACACCGGCGCGGUUUAUGUGGGAAAGGAGUUGAUCUUGGCAUUCCCUCCGCAGCUUCUGGGGCGCAUCAGCUUCCGGCCUGCCCUGCCAAGCAACUACAGCGAAGUGGCCUCGUCCAUGGUAUUGGGCCAGGUGGUGAAACUCGUGGCGGUCUUUCCCACGCCCUGGUGGCGCAAGCGCGGCCUGACGGGCGCCAUCUCCUGCAUCGGGGCCGGGAGUUCGGGCGCGCCGGAGGUGUCGGAAGUGGCGGAUUUGAGCCACUCCACGGGCAACGGCGUGCUGGCGGGCUUCGUGGUAGGCACCCAGGCGCGAGACAUCUGCGAGCAGCCGCUGGAGGAGCUCCGGACCAGCUUCGCGGAGUUCCUCCGCAGAUCUUUGGGGUCUUUGGACGAAGACAUCCAGUCCUUUCAUUACCACAACUGGAUCGGUGAUGAGAAUUCCCUGGGCGGAUACGUGUCAAGUCCCGGCAUGGGUCAAUGGAAGAAGCUGCCCGAAGGCUUCUUCCCCAAAACGGGAAGGAUUAGCUUUGCUGGGACGGAAUAUGCGCACCAGUGGCGUGGCUACAUCGAGGGGGCUUUGGAGUCAGGCGAGCGCACUGCCGCUGCUGUGCUGCAGGCCUUAGCCUCCAGCUAG